AUGACUCUGACUCCCCUGCAGUCUGCGCGCAUCAUCCUCGCAGACGACGUUGGAUUUGUGCGCGUUAUGUACCCUAUGCUUCCAAAUCUCAAUGGGGGACAGGCUCAUCGAAUAAAUUCGGUCUCCAGAUACUCUGUCCCCAUAACAGCAAUGUGCUACGGUGAGACAGAAGAGACAGUCAUUAUGGCAUACAAAGACGGGAAAGUUGAAAUAUACCAUAUACCUCUGAAAUUCACCGCGUAUACCAAUGGUACAUACAAAUUUGACGAGCCGAAGCUUAUAACGUAUACAAAUAUCUCUGUUGUUGUUGAUGUUGCAGAGCACCGUGUCUACCGAGAAACAGUGGAUGAUAAGGAUCAGGCGCUUAGACAGCGCAUUAGUCCACGGGAAAUUCGUGCCAUAGCAUUUGCUAAGCCUAACAAUUUGGUGAUGAUAACGUCCAAUUCGAAAGUGCACAGAUUCAUUUUAGAAAACAAUGAUAACGGAAAGCCAUCAAUCACCUUUAUGUCUUCUUUCCAAAUGAGUCUAAACAUUCAGGCACCAAGGCCCCUUCCAGCUCCGACGUUGGGCGAUUUUGUGCAGGAAGAGCCGCCUCCAGAACUGCGCAACGCUUCUUCUGAGGCAUAUAUCCUUAUACCUAUAGGGCAGAAAAUAUAUGCUGCAUGCGGUGGAUGGGGUCAUGCCCCACGAAUUUACGACUCUGCUUCUGGGAAGGUGGUCUAUGUGCCCCGCGACCCUCCUCCCUCCUUUCCAGCUCGUGCCGCUCUUCGAUUCAUAGCUACUUGUUUCUGCUAUGAUGAGAAGGAUGGCAUCUUUGUUGUUGGUGACAUGGACGGAUGGAUACACUGUUAUAAGACAGGUCUCUGGGGGCCUGCAGUGCCCAUUGCAGAACGACCGGAAAAUAUCAGUGGCUGGAACGAGCCGCAAGAGCUUAAGAAGCGCAAAGGACGGCCAAUCCAGAGUGUCUCAGAGCUGGUUCCACACAACGUGGUCGACGACGUACACAAGCAGCCCUAUCAGCUUUCCGAGGGGGUAAUAAGUAGUGCAGCAUUGUGGUAUAACCGCAAUUUUGAGAGGAAGGUAUGUGCAGUUAGUAUUGUGACAGUACGUUUGGACGACGGUAUUGGGAAGUAUCUUUGUGCUUCAAAUGGCGAGGGAACAUGCGACCUCCUUUCUUUAGAGUCAGGGAAGCUUUGCAGGCGCUUUAACAAGCACGGAGGUGCAGUGAAGUGUUUCGCUAGUCUCCGACUUAAUGAAGUAUUAGCAGCUCAUAUGAACAAAAGCUUUUCUAGGAAGAUACAAAGACUCAAUGACGACCAAUCAGCUGAUAGCGACUCUACUGACUCCACAAGCAAUAGUCUAUCUUCGGAGAUUUCUGAAGAUGAUGCCGACCAAAAGUCUGUUGCAGCGGUCGUGCUGGGGAACUCCUCAACAGCUCACAAGGAUAUGAAGACAACUGACACGCUGAUAUUCACUGGAUGCUUGGACAAGUUCCUACGAGUGUAUAUACCUGGAUCUAGAGAGCCCCUGUGCAGCCAUUAUGUUGUCAAUAGCCCACUAGUUCUGUUGGCUUCAUUUGGUAAGAUGCGUUAUGAGCGGGCUCUAGAAGAGUCAGGAGAUUCACCUGAAGAAGCUACAUCCUCAGAAUCAGAAAGUUUUGACGAUGAAACAAAACGGCCUGCGGACCUCCCAGAAGACUCCAUUGAUAACAUAGACCUAAACCUUAAUAUUACGACGUCCGUUUUGCAAAAGAAGAACACGCAAAAGGUUAUUAAGCGAUGA